UGACAAGUGACAAGUCAUUUUCCAUAUCCACAAAAGGUCAACAGAGAUUGAAAACAGAUGGAGAGUAAAACUCAAGAAGAGGCUUCGAUCAUCAAAGUUUCGUCCCUUCAUUGCAUAGAUCUCGCAAACUCUGAUCUUCGUCAAUUAGCUGUUUCACUUAAACAGGCAUGUCUAGACUGUGGGUUUUUCUAUGUUAUAAAUCACGGUAUAAGCGAGGAGUUGAAGGACGAGGUUUUCAAGCAGAGCAAAAAAUUAUUUGCUCUUCCUUUAGAAGAGAAGAUGAAACUAUUAAGAAACGAAAAGUAUCGAGGCUAUGCACCGCUCCAUGAUCAACUCUUUGAUCCUGACAAUCAAGUUUGGGGGGAUUGCAAAGAGGGCUAUUCCAUUGGAGUCUUACGUCCCAAAGAUGAUUCUCACGAUAACCCGUUCUAUAGCCCCAACAUUUGGCCUGAUCCCGAUGUUUUGCCUGGCUGGCGGGCGACCAUGGAGACAUUUUAUCAAGAAGCAUUACUAUAUACUUAUAAUGAGCAUUUAUGCAUGCUCAGGAGAGUUUGUAAGGCAAUUGCGAGUAUAAUGGCGUUGGCGCUUGAUUUGGAUGUGAAUUACUUUGAUAAGCCAAAUAUUCUUGGAAAUCAUAAUGCAGUAAUGCGGUUGCUUCAUUAUGAAGGACACUCUGAUCCCUCGAAAGGAAUAUAUGCAUCUGGAGCACAUUCUGAUUACGGAAUGAUGACCCUCUUAGCGAACGAUAGUGUAAUGGGACUCCAGAUAUGCAAAGAUAAGGAUGUGAAGCCUAGGAAGUGGGAAUAUGUACCGUCGAUUAAAGGAGCCUACAUUGUUAAUAUCGGUGAUUUGCUGGAGCGUUGGAGCAACUGCUUACUCAAAUCCACAUUGCAUCGGGUUAUUGGGAAUGGUCACGAACGAUAUUCCGUACCAUUUUUCUUGGAACCAAGUCACGAAUGUAUAGUGGAGUGUCUUCCUACCUGCCAGUCCCAAAACAACCUUCCCAAAUAUCCGGCGAUCAAAUGUUCAACGUACCUCACGCAACGUUACAAGGAAGCACAUGCGGAUUUGAGCAUUUACGAAAAGUAGAUCCAAGUGAUUUAAUAGUCCACGCUUGUCCACGACAAAUACUUUAAUACAUAAGUAUAUGUUUAUUGUGUCUCUUUUUAUAACAAAGGAAUUGCUCUUUGUCCUGUUUCCUAAUGUACAACCACCUUGAAAGAAAGGAUCCAGAAUAAAGCGUACCUAUCACUGAUCUAUAUAA